AUGGCUUCGGCUGUGGUCUUAAUUACUGGCGCCAACAGAGGCAUUGGUAGUGGGAUUAUUAAAUGGUAUCUUUCUCGCCCAAACCACACAGUCAUUGCAGCCAACCGCGAUCCUGAUCACCCAUCCUCCAAAGCUCUCAACGAACUCCCCAGAGCCGAAGGAACUUCACUUCUCGUCAUUAAAAUCGAUGCAACCCUCCGUGAUGACCCGCGCAAGGCCGUUGACACCCUCAAAUCGAAAGGAAUCAACCACGUCGAUAUUCUGGUUGCGAAUGCUGGCAUCAGGCUCUCAGGACCAAUGGUUCGGGAGCUCGACACUGACGAGGUUCAAACGCACAUUGUUCCUAAUGUCUACGGUUUUAUAUGGCUGUUCAAGGCUAUGUACCCUUUGUUGAAGGCUGCGAAAGCCCCAAUAUGGGUGACAAUUGGCUCUUCUGCCGCCUUCUUAACGGUAAUGAGUUAUAAAUUAUAUAGUCCAUCGCUUAUUAUUGUCACUAAACUAAUUCGCAGGAACAUGCUUGCUGUACAUAACGCCGCGUACGCUCCAACCAAGCUCAUGCUUCACUGGUACACUAAAGCAAUUCACAUCGAGGAGCCAUGGCUUAAUGCAUUCCCUAUUGACCCUGGCUGGGUUCGAACAAACCUUGGGGGUGACGAUGCGCCAGUCACUGUUGAAGAGAGCGCUGAGGGGAUAGUCAAAGUAAUUGACGUUGCUACAAGGGACACCCACAGCGGAAAGUUAUGGUCGUACCAGGGCCACGAAGUUCCCUGGUAG